AUUUACUAUUAAAAAUGUCAUCGAACCCAAGGCCUGAAGGCAUCAAUAUUAAUGCAUUUAAAAGAAAACAAACCCCUCAGUUGGAAAUGAAAGAAGUAUUUGAGUCGGUACUGCCAGAGAGCUCUGUUGUCCUGAGCGAAGAAAGAAAGUCUGAGGUGAAAGAUCAGUUGGUAGGGUAUGAAGUUGUUGGUAGAAAGAAUGAAGAUGAGAACAUAACUCUGAUGGAUCCUCUAAUUGGAAGUAAGAUGUAUCCGAAAAAUCACCCUACUAAAUCCUCUGGCACCCACUACUUCUACCCACACAUCCAGGCAAACAUUACCCUCCCAUCCCCUAAAAUCCCCACCCAAACUUCCUACUACUCCAAGCUGCCCCUCCGUCAGACUCUUCAAGAUCUGACUGGAGCAGGCACUUGGGGUUUUAUCAGAAACCAGGAAGGAACAGGACUGAGUUCAGAAGGAGUGGAGCCAGAAGGGAAUAGAGAAGAGGAAACAGAAGGACAAUUGGAGAUAUUAAAAGAGAGGAUAGAGGCGUUGGAAAAGGAGAAGGAUGAGUUGGUGCAGAUGAAUAAGGCUAAGCAGAAAAUUAUUGAGAAUUCUUUGUGGAAAUGGGAUCAUUUUAAGCAAGAAGUGCAGGGAUUAGAUAAAAAGUAUCACACAGAAGAGGAAAUGAAGAAGGAUGGCAUUGAAGAAGAAUUUGAAAUAAUAAACUAUAAUAACCAAAACUCUGAAGAAGAAAAAUCCUCAACUUCUCAAUCCUUAAUUCCUUCAGAAAACAGCUUUUCCAACAUAGCUGACCUUAUUGACAAAUACGAUGAUGACUUUGACGAGCUCAAGUCAGAAGCAGCCAAGCUUAUGUAUUUCAGUCAUAGCAUUAGAAAGCCCUGCUCUAUUGGCUCUGAAGAGAUAUCGAGUAAAAGCAAAGAAAGAAAAGUUCAGUUUUCGAAUGUCUAAAGCACACCAGAAAGUAUAAAGAGAAGCCUAGAUUUCUAUAUUAAAUUUCAGAAGAAUUUCAAU